ACAAUGCUGGGAGAGGCAACAGUCACGAGCACACAAAGAUCCGCUUGAGAAAAUCUCGACUGCGCAACCCAGGGAACUUGAGCAGCUGAAGCAAGAUCCCAAAGGGCAACGGAGCAAACAGAGCAUAACCAUGGGAUGUGGGAUGAGAGAGAGUAAAGCGACGUCGCGGACGUCUUUGAGAAUACCAACAAAGCAUCGUCGAAGGUAGAGCGACUUGUAACACAGCAUAUGCAAAAGGCAGAGACAAAGAAAACAACAAAAAUUACAGAAAUGACAGUGCCAAAGCAAACAGCUUAGCUGCCAACCAAAGAGCCCAAAAGCAUUACUUACAUAUAGUCUUCAUAGGGAGAGCGACUCCACGAGCUAGACGAAGGUGCUAAGCCUAUCCCUAUCAAGAGGAACAGAUUAAGCCCAAGUAAUGGUAGAAAAGAAGGGAUAAUGUCCUAGAACCAGAGAGGAAAAACUAUAUGAGCGUUUAUCUUUCAAUAUGUUUUCUUUUUUUCCCGGAAUCUUUCAAUGUCAACGGAAACAAUAGGAAUACAUAUUCGACCUUUUUUUCCAAAGCACACAGACCGAGAAUAGAUUGAAAAUCUUAGGUUUCGAUUUUGCCAAUAUGAUGAGGGGAAGACUUACGCGUGGCGGAAAAAGCUUAGAAAGCAGAGACAUAGUAGGGUGAAAGAGAGACAAAAAGGACAGAAAAUUAGAGAGAAAAAGAGUUCCAGGUUUCAUACAACACAACAAGAAUAAAACUCUCUUUCUCUAUGCUUUAUUCGAUCAAAAAGCUUCAGAAAAGGCCAAAUAACAUCGACCUCUCUCAACUCUAUCUCUCUCUUUCUUUGAGUCAUUGAACAGAUCCCUUCUGUUCUCCUUUAAUGGAAGCGGUCAGUUAGUUUCCAGUACAUGGGGUCCAUACUGGUUUCCUUGUCACGCUUACUUUCCUCGCUAAUUUCGUCAUUCUUGUGAUGUAACUUCUGUUUCUUUCUUCUUUGUCAAGAGGGGGAGUUAAGCUAAAGCUAGGGCUUUUUCUAUUACUGUGUAUCCGCAAGAAAUGCAAUCGGAUAGCUCCGAUUCUUCAGGUCCGAUAACACAACGUGUCAACUCUUUGCCGUCUGCUACUGAUACCAGAGGAAAGCAUAGGAUACAAGCAGAGAUCAAGCGGCUUGAGCAAGAAGUUAGAUUUUUAGAGGAAGAGUUGGAGCAGCUUGAUAAGAUGGAAAAUGCCACAGCUGCAUGCGAGGAAAUUUUGAGUUACGUGGAUUGUAGACCAGACCCUCUACUGCAGCUAACAAACGGCCCCCUAAGUCCAGCAUGGGAUCGAUGGUUUGAAGGCCCGCAAGAAUCACAAGGUUGCAGGUGCUGGAUUCUCUGACAUUGAUGUCUGAUUUCAAGCAUUAAAACUUUGGUUGUUAAUUAUUGGUGGAGGCUUCAACUUCAAGAGCAACUUUUUCAACAACACUAUGCCAUUGACAAAUGUUUUAAGUAUUGUUCAUUGUGUAGGGGGAAAAAAAAAAGAACAGUUCCAUAGCAAUAUUUUCUUCAUUGGCUAAUUCCAUAAUGCGAUGCUUCAUUGUGCAACACAUGACAAAUAUUUUUAGAUCAAUUCAAAUGUAAGAAACAAUAUACAGUAAUGGUGAUGAGCACAGUUAGAUAUUACACAAUGAUAAUUUAGUUUAAAUCA